CUAUAUCUCUCUCGUUCGAAGGGGGAGCUCAUCAUCGGUCUCGUUCUAUCUCUAACAGAUGUUAUUAACAAGCUCAUCGUGUCCUAUACUUAAUUCAUGGAUUCCCAACUUCUUUGGACCAUCGCCCGAAUCCAUACUGACUAGGACACGAUCAUUGUCAUUAAUAACGUCCUUUGUUCUGGAUCAUGAAACCACGACAAAGCAUGCAACCAGCUGUUGCAUGCGAGAAACAGAUAAACCCCGAGAUCCUGUCGUUCAGAAGAAAAACAACAACGCUAUAAAGAUUGGGAUCAAGGUGUCGGAAACACUGCUGGACGUGGGUGGUGCAGGGGAAGGCGGAGGCGGUGGGCGGGAUGGUGGAGAUGGGCCAGGUUCAGGUUCAGGUUCGGAUUCUGAUGACUCAAACAGUUGGGAUGGGCAUGAGAGUACAGAAGCCUACUAUAAGAAAAUAAUAGAAACUAACCCGGGGAAUGCACUUUUACUAGCAAACUAUGCCAGUUUCUUAAAAGAGGUUACGGGGGAUCUAGCAAAAGCAGAGGAGUAUUACGAAAGAGCAAUAUUGGCAAACCCGAGCGAUGGAAAUGUGUUGUCUGAUCUAAUUUGGCGAACACAAAAAGAUGCAUCUCGUGCCCAUGCUUAUUUUGAUCAAGCUGUUAAAUCUGACCCAGAUGACUGUUAUGUACUGGCUUCAUACGCUCGGUUCCUGUGGGAUGUCGAGGAGGCAGAGGAGGAAGAAGUAAAAGAGCGAAGUAUACAAUGUGGAAUAGAGUGCGCAAAUUCAGCAGCCACAAACUAUUUAGGAGGAGCGCCGUCUCAUCAUCGGCCACCCUUGGCUGCAGCUUCUUAAAAUUCAUGCAAAAUAUAUGCUUCAUCUUCCUCAAAGACCAGUUAUCUUCAAAGGAACAGUUCAGUGUUGGAAAGGUCACAACUUAUAUCGUAAUGCACAAAUUUUAACGGACGAUCUUAUGUUCAGGAGGUCACAAUUCAAAGUCAAAAUGCACGGAUUCGGUUUAGUGACUUGUUGGUCACAGUUACUCGAUUGGGACUUUCCUAAUUGGAAAAAAACCUUGGGAGACUACACUUAUUAACUACUCCUGUACUAUAAAAUAAAAUUUCACGAAUGGCCAACCUGGUCCAACCUAUGUACAAAUAGGUCAGAUAAAACUAUUAUACAAAGUAGCUAGUCUAAUAACAUGGAGGGCUCCUUCCCUUCCCUUUUAGUCUCAAGGUUAGUACUUCUACUGUUUGUUUUACUGAUAAUCUUGGUAAAUAUUAAAGUAGUCAUGUUCUGAUUUC